AUGCUUUCAGGCCGGUGGUGGCCAAGUAUCUGGGGAAAUCUUGGAGUGAGUCUACAAAGCCCUUCUCAGGGAUCCCAGCUCUGCGUCCUCUAUCCCUUCACUUAUACCGGGGCAGAUGGCCGGGAGGUGUCUCUGGCUGAAGGUGACAGGUUCCAACUGCUUCGAAAGACCAACUCGGACUGGUGGUUGGCAAGGCGCCUAGGAGUAUCCUCCUGGUCCAGGCCCAUCUUUGUUCCAGCUGCGUAUAUGACCGAGGAAUCACUCUCCUGCCCCAGACCAGCAGACUCUACCCACAAUGCAUCCUUCUGGAGUCCUGGGACAAAGAUGUUUCAUGGCUCCCUGGAGGAACUCUACCUGUCUCAGGAAACCCAGAUUACUUCUGAGCAACCUCCUCCCUGUUCCCGCAAAAUGUGCAGAAGUGUCAGCAUGGCCUAUUUGAAACCCUGCUUCCUGAAACCCCUCAGGGAAGGGCCAAGAGAAAGAUCGCUCCCCCAGGAAGGCUCCAUGACAGAGGCCAGUACCGACACGAAACCGGGCUCCAUGGAGCAGACAGAGACUCUGAUUAGGAACAGUGGGGCCUCGCAACCUCAGGAAUGGCUUGAUGGACAGGGUUUACCAAGUCUCAGCCGGAGCAGGGGCAGCCCCUGGGGAGACCUGCCGGGCCAGCCAGCAGCCCUGCAUUCCUGUCAGCCACAGCUGGAUGACCCCCAUGAGGAAAAGUCAGGUCUGAUCAACAUGACCAAGAUUGCUCAAGGAGGGCGUAAACUCAGGAAGAACUGGGGCCCGGCUUGGGUGGUGUUAACUGGUAACAGCCUUGUGUUCUACCGAGAGCGGCCGCCGCAGUCUGCGCCGUCCCAAGGCUGGGCGCCGGCUGGAAGCCGGCCGGAAAGCAGCGUGGACCUGCGCGGGGCGGCCCUGGCUAACGGGCGCCAUCUGUCCAGCCGCCGCAACGUCCUGCACAUCCGGACGGUCCCCGGCCAUGAGUUCCUGCUGCAGUCGGACGAGGAGCCAGAGCUGCGAGCCUGGCAUCGCGCGCUGAGGGCGGUCAUCGAGCGUCUGGAUCGGGAGAACCCCCUAGAGCUGCGUCUAUCCGGCUCGGGACCCGCAGAGCUGGCGGAGCUGAGCGCUGGUGAGGAUGACGAGUUGGAGUCAGAGCCGGUGUCCAAGCCACUGCUAAGGCUUAGCAGCCGCAGGAUUUCCAGUCGGGGUGCGGAGGGCACUGAGCAGAAGAAUCGCGUGCGGAACAAGUUAAAGCGGCUGAUCGCCAAGAGACCAACCUUGCAGAGCCUUCAGGAGCGAGGCCUGUUCCGAGACCAAGUGUUCGGUUGCCAGUUGGAAUCGCUGUGCCAAAGGGAAGGGGACACCGUGCCCAGCUUUGUCCGGCUCUGUGUUGAGGCUGUGGAUAAAAAAGGUCUGGAUGUGGACGGCAUUUACCGAGUGAGCGGGAACCUGGCAGUGGUCCAGAAACUGCGAUUCCUGGUAGACAGAGAACGGGCAGUCACCUCUGAUGGGAGAUACAUGUUUCCAGAACAGCCAGGACAAGAAGGCAAAUUAGAUUUAGACAGUGCGGAAUGGGAUGACAUUCAUGUGAUCACUGGGGCCUUGAAGCUUUUUUUACGGGAGCUGCCAGAGCCUCUGAUGCCUCCACCAUUGCUGCCUCAUUUUCGUGAUGCCCUUGAACGUUCUGAGCCAGAUCAGUGCCUCUCUGAAAUAAAAAAAUUAGUGGACUUGUUGCCGAAGCCCAACCGUGACACACUGCAGUACAUCCUGGAGCAUUUAUGCAGGGUGAUCUCACACUCAGAUAAGAACCGAAUGACUGCCCACAACCUGGGAAUUGUGUUUGGACCAACGCUGUUCCGCCCUGAGCAAGAGACCUCUGACAUGACAGCCCACGUAUUCUACCCUGGGCAGUUGAUCCAGCUGAUGCUCAACAACUUUGCAAGCCUCUUCACCUGACUUGGGCAGGGAGGAGGAAGACAUGGCCAUUUGUCAGCUGGUCUUCGGAGAGGACAUCCCGGAAGCUCUCUCCCGGAGGCUGCUCUUCCACUGGGCUGUCAGAUGUGGGAGAAGAGGAAGGUGUGUGAGCCCCACUUCCAGUCUCCCCAAGAUGACACAUGGGGCUCUUACUCUCAGCCUUCCUUUAUUGUCAGGAAACCUGUCGUUAUUAAAGUGUUUUCCU